ACCACGCUUCGCCACUCGAUUCCUCUUUUUAUGCGCCCUCCUCUCCUGUUUGUCUGUCCGACGUUGCGAUUGGAGUGCGUUCAGACCAUUUUCUCUUCCCAUCUCCAUACAUGCGCCACGCCUCCACCCAGAAUUCCCAAUUCCACGGCCUCCGGGCCUCCUGCCGCCGAAGCAAGCUCGCCGCCUCCACGGAAUUCUUCUGCCCCCUUGCACCGGGCCGGCGCGGAGCCGAGAUCCGCCCCCGCUGAUUCAUUCUUCUGGUCUUGUUAGAGAUUCCAUCACUCCAUCUACGAAACGAAGGACACAUAAAGAACAAAGGUGCCUGUGGCCAUCAACCCAAGUUGUUUUCUCUUGCUAUAAAGGGAAAACCCUGCGUUACUUUCUGUAACUUAGGAGGUGAAAGGAAGAGAGGACUAGAGACGAGGAAUUCAUAAUGGGAAAGGGAGAUGUGGCCACUAGGUCCAAAUCCCAGAAAUCGUCGACAGCACAGAAUGAACAGAGUACACCUACUAAUCCUCGUACAGCAUAUCCUGACUGGUCCCAGUUUCAGGCAUACUAUAAUGUCCCUGGUACGGCUCAAAUGACCCCACCGGCUUAUUUUCAUUCAACGGUGACUCCAGGUCCUCAGGGGCAUCCAUAUAUGUGGGGUCCACAGAUGAUGCCUCCUUACGGGACACCGCCACCAUACACAACAAUGUAUGCUCAAGGCACACCAUAUCAGCAGGCUCCUAUGCCACCGGGCUCACACCCAUACAGCCCAUAUCCUGUUCAAGCACCAAAUGGGACAGUUCAAACUCCUACAUCUGGCGCUGGAGGGUCGGAGACAGAUAAGUCAAACAAAAAUAAGCGGAAGACUCCCCUGAAGAGAUCCAAAGGAAGCUUAGGUAGUCUGGACGUAGUUACAGUAAAAGAUAAAACGCCACCUGCAAAACCUUUAGUGUCAUCCUCCAAUGAAGGUUCUUCACAAAGCGAGAGUGGAAGCGGAAGUUAUUCUGGAGGGAGCAGUACAAAUUCUAAAAGUGGUUCACACACAAAGGAUGGUUCUGAGCACGGCCCGGGUAAUGAUGCUAGCAAUAAAGGAGUCACUGCUCAGGGCACAGCAGUUGAGCCCACACAAGUAUCUUCUGGGCCAGUUGUGCUUAACCCUAUGAUGCCAUAUUGGCCUGUUCCCCCUCCCAUGCCUGGCCAAGCAACUGGUGUAAGCAUGGGAGUGGAUUACUGGGGUGCUCCUACUUCUGUACCUAUGCAUGGCAAAGCUGUCGCUGCACCGACAUCUGCUCCUUCAUCAAAUUCUCGUGAUAUCGUUCUUAGUGAUCCGGUCAUACAGGAUGAACGAGAAGUGAAGAAACAAAAACGGAAGCAAUCAAACAGGGAAUCAGCUCGUCGCUCUAGAUUGCGCAAGCAGGCUGAAUGGGAGGAAGUAGCCAGUCGAGCUGAUUUGCUGAAGCAGGAGAACAGUUCACUUAAGGAAGAAUUGAAACAACUUCAGGAGAAGUGUGAUAACUUGACCUCAGAAAAUACAUCUUUACAUGAAAAGCUUAAAGCGCUUGAUAGUGAGAAACCAAAUGGAAACUUGUGAAGCAGUGAAGGCCGCGGCUUCACUUUCUGACUGCUGAUAUAAACUGGAGGUGACAUGAUAGGCCGGAGAUAAUUAGUAGGUGUUCAUGUGUGCGAUUAGAUUUUUGGCUGAGAUGGUAGGAUUGUAUCAUAGGAUUCAACAUGAUGGCUACAGUUUCUUCGUCUUCUUUGUCGGGACGUGGCCGCUGCCGUGCUCUAUGGUGUUUUUUUUCCUUUUUCCUGCGUUUGUGUGAGAUGCUACCUUAGCAGUAUGUAAAGAUCCCCAAGCUAUAUUUGAGACUUUGCGGGAUUAGCUUAUAAGAUGCUUGUUGUAGAGCUACUGGUUGACCUGAACUGAUGCUUGUUAUAGUUAUGAUUUAUAACAUCCAGAGUUACUAA